AUGCUCGGUCUAUACUUACUAUGUCUAUGGUCAAGCGUCAGCGUGAAAAGGCACCUUCACAUAUAUGGUUCUAUGGAAAGUGUGUGUGACAACGUUCUUAUAUGCGCGAUGCGCCUCGAUAGAUGGCGCGCGUUAACAAAUACAUUCUUAUACCGUAUGAUAUCGUAUCUCAAACUAGAAACGAGAGACCUGGAGAGACUUCAAGAGUGACAUUUAUCUAUUUCUGAGUAAAGAAUAAUCGCUAGAGAACCGUUUGCAUGAUUCUUAACAAAAAUCUAUAUUGGUAUUAAUUUUAUAUUAAAAGAGAAAGACAUUAUUAAUCCAUAUAAUGAGCUUCCGAAUUUGAUCAUUGUGUAUUUGAAGUAUUAUUUUGUACUUUGAGAGAUUUAACGGAAUGUGACUUGACGCAUAACAUUGUAUCCCUUAUUUAUAUGUGAUUUAUGUUAAAAUAUAGUUAAAGGAAGCACGAUCGCUGGAUAGUGAUAUUUCUGAAAGUUGUUGCAAACAAUCCUAUCGGAAUGACGUGCGAUAAUUAAUAUCGAUGUAAAGGCAACUAAUUCGAUAUUGAGAAAUCAAAAUAAAACAGGAACAUAUUAAAACUGUACGAGCAAUGAAACAUAUUAAAAAUUGUACGAGUAAUGAGACAUAGUCUUAAGAGAAUGGGUGUAUCUACCAGUUAAACACAAAGUGUUAUAUGUGCUAGCAUCGAGUCUGUUACAUUGGCACAAAGUUGUUUGGGUUAUCCACAAGAUAGUGAGGAAUUGAUCCCAAAAGUGGCACGUGAGCCAAUCAUUCUUAACGUUUAUGAUAUGUAUUGGAUAAAUGAAUAUACCACACCUAUUGGUCUUGGAGUAUUCCACUCUGGAGUGGAAAUAUAUGGAACAGAAUAUGCAUACGGCGGUCAUGCUCAACCGAAAAGUGGCAUUUUUGAAAUUACUCCAAGAAUAGCUGAGGAAUUGGGUGAACAGUUUAGAUAUAGACAAUCCGUUCAUAUUGGAUAUACAGAUUUUACAGAAGAAGAUGUUUCAAGAAUUAUUACAGAAUUAGGGAAAGAUUUUCGAGGAGACCGUUAUCAUUUGAUGAAUAAAAAUUGCAAUCACUUCAGCAGUCAGUUUACGUUGAUUCUAUGUGGACAGGAAAUACCUGGUUGGGUAAAUCGUCUAGCAUAUUUCAGUUCAUGCGUACCGUUUCUUCAACGUUGCUUGCCAAAGGAAUGGCUAACACCUGAUGCUUUACAACAUUCCUUAAAUCAAAUUAGUCAUCACGAAAGUACACCACCGUCAGAUACUUCCUUGUAACAUUUGGCUGAUACUUUUGAAAUGCACGGUCUAAAAUGCCGUAGAAGUUAUACAUUUUAGAUAAUUAAACAUUGUGAAAAAAAGUUUAUUAGGACUGACUAUAUAUAUUGCCAAGAUUUGGAAACCUGAGAAACUGAACCGUCAAGACAAGGUACAAAUUUGAUAUUGUACACUUGAAUACGAUUGCUGACAAUUAGUACUGAAAAAAUUGCCUUUGCCGCAACAUGUUGUUUCCUAAGACGGCGAUGCACAAGAUCGCAUGUGUUCUUUGUUGAAUAAUGCAGAAUAUUAAUCAAGAUAUGAUAGUUACAUAAUGAGUAAAUAAUUAUGUGCAUAAAUUUAAACCACAUAAAUUUAAUAAGUAGAAAAUUUUUUUGCCGAUAAAAACAAUCUUGUUAUAUUAGCAAGACGUCUAUUGAAAUUAAUUUGCUUACAAAGCUGAAAAACAAUGUUUUAAAGUUGUAGAAGAACAAUGGAUGCACAUUGAAGAGAUAAAUAUAUGUUCUAUAAAUACAUGUAAGGCAUGCAUAGUAUGCAAAUGGUUUAAAUAUUUAAUGAUGUAAUUACUUUCUAUAAUUAACAUGACUUAAUUAACAAACACCCAUACGCGCGCACACUCGUACUUACACAGAUACGUAAAUAAACUUCCGUAUUCUCAAUACUUUAUAUUACCUUUAAUUAGCCGAGUCUCCAUAUAAAUUUGAUAUGUUAUAUCUUGCGCCUUCUUUUGUAAUUUGAUUUAUCGCUCUGAAUCGAUUGUACACGUUUGGCAUUUCUAUUCUACGUAUGUGCAUUAAGCUAUUAAAACACGAAUAAAGAUAGAGGAGUAAGUUAAAAAUAAAGAAACUGUUUUCUCAAUGAAGAAUAUAGAAGCUCCAAUAAAAUUAAUUUAUAUGAGAUAUGAACAAAUAUUUUUAGUGAAACUCAAAACAAUGUAUACAUUUUUUGUCGAAUAUAAGCGAAAUUUCUAAUUUUAUUAUUUUAUAUAUAAAAUAUGUCGGAAUAAACAAGUUAAAUAACGUCAA